AUGUCGCCGCCUGCACCAGCCGCUGAAGGCGCGAACGCUGGCAGUAUCGCGGCGCUAUUCCCAGUCAAUAUUGAGACCAGCGUUACGCCAGUCCUAAUCCGCCUGUGUCGCAAGUAUCCCAAGACCACACGGCUUCUAGGUGUGCUUCUUGCGGCGAUGCUUCCGUUCAAGCUCAUCAAAGGCAAGUUGCUAUCGAUGCUGGAGUAUCUGCUGCCGUUUGUCUCGACUACAUACCAAAUCCAGGAGAAAGAUCCCAUGGCCGCACUUUUGCGACCUUGGCUAAGCAAGCAGAUCACCAUCUGGCCACAGCGACCUGUCGAAUUGUGCAGCAGUUUGGAGGGCCUCCGAUGGUCCGGCGAUCCGAGAGGCUAUGAGGUCGAUCGCGAGGGCUUGGGCUUCGUAGUCGACCCGCGGAUCGAUUAUCGUCUCUUCUGGUACGGCGGUGUCCUUUUCUCGCAUACUUUCCAGAAGGACCAGCACCGGCCGCGAGAAUCGGAGCACACUCUUCGAUGCUUCACGCGCUCAGCAAGCCCUUUAACUAAGCUUGUGCAAGCUGUCCUGGAAACGAAGAGCCAAAGGAAAGCGACAGAGGCAAUUCCUUACACUGCAAUGUAUGUCCCUGAACACACCAGCAAACCUCCCCAAUGGCGCCUGCAGUCUCACAAGCCGGCUCGUGUCCUGGAUACUGUCCAACUUGACCAGAUCACCAAACAAGCCAUCAUCAACGACGUGGCCCGCUUCCUCCAUCGCAAAACCAAGACGAAAUACAAAGCACGAUGCAUACCAUAUCGCCGUGGCUAUCUCUUCCAUGGUCCUCCGGGCAGCGGAAAGAGUUCUCUUGCUGUCGCCAUUGCUGGUCACUUCAAGUUGUCGGUCUACAGUCUCAGUCUCGCCGACCCCGAGCUCACUGAUUCAACUCUGGCAAGGCUUGUCGCAGGAACCGAGGAGUCGCGCGCAGUGAUCCUCCUCGAAGACGUUGAUGCCGCUGGCAUUGGCCGCGAAACCACUGCCACAGAGAUGCGAAGCAAGCAGAUCACUGUCGAAAACCAGAACGCGGUUAAGACCAAGACUAGCCAAGUCACCCUCACAGGUCUGCUCAACGCGAUCGACGGUGCGACUGCUCCGGAAGGACACAUACUCAUCAUGUCAUCCAACUGCCCCGCAGACCUUGACAAGGCCCUUACGCGUCCGGGCCGUGUUGAUGUGUGGAUGGAGUUCAAGAACGCGAGUUCUGAGCAGCUGCGGGGGAUGUUCGUGCGGUUCUUCACCGAGGAGGAAGAAGAGAAUCAAAGCAAAGUGCCGUCGAACGAAGAAGACGCCGAGGACGAAGUCACUGCCGGAACAAAUGGUACUGACAAUGUUCCUGUGACGUCGUCUGCUGCUGCCGACAGCAAGGUCGCAGAGCCGGAACUCGCCAUCGGUCUGACCUCCUUCCCCAUCGAUCAAAAGCACGGUCUCUCACAGCCACAGCUCGAGGAGCUGGCAGAAGAAUUCGUCAAGCUCGUUCCCGAGUACGUCAUGUCGGUAGCGCAGGUGCAGGAGUACUUCAUCCCACGCUUCGGUGACCCGAAGAGCGCGGUCAAGGGUGCUGCCGAAUGGGUCAACACAGUACUCGAGCAAGAGGCUGCUGUGCCUGCCGAGGAUCUGGCAGGUGAAACGCGGCAGGGAACUCCAACGCCCAGUCUUGUCGAUGAGGAAAGGAAGGAAUGGGCCGAUGGAGGUGACCCGGCGACAGAUGAGGACUGA